AGCGAAGCUCGCGUCAGGCCAGGCCAGCCCCUGCGUGACCCUUGUGCGUGUUCGGUAGGUGCGCUGUGUUGGGCCCGUGCAGAGCUCAAAAGUCGUAGUUUACGCCGAAACUCACGUUUCGGCUCGGGUACAUCGCCUCCGCAGCGAAGUACGGGACGUGGAAACGCCCGUAGACGCCGAAACGUGCAGUGGAAAAGCACCGCAGCGUGGGAUUACGUCAACGCCGAGAGGGCGGAGCGGUCGACAGGCCACGGCAGCUCGCAAUGGCUCGGCGAUCGUGGAGGGAAGCUUGAAAUCGCUAGCGACGACCUAGCGAAUUUAUUCUUCACCUUAGUUAGCCGUGGAUCCCUGCAUUGCUUCGAGCUGGCACGCCAGUCGUCGCCGAUCGCUUCAGCGGUAUGAGUGACUUGAAGGCGGAAAUAGCGUGCCUGGAACUUGUCAACAAGAUCAUCGUACAAUGCCAGCUACCCCACCCUCGGAUUGGCAAGCUCUCGGCCCUCUCCCAUCAGCUGGUCCUCAUGCUGUUCAGGGCCUGCUGCGGCCUCGAAGUACCAGGCCUCAUCGAGAACCCACGGACUCGUGAGGAAGAAGCGUUGAACGUGCAGGCAGCUCUCAACGUACUUGUGGAUCGCGUGCUGCUGACAUCUCUGCCACACAUCGACGGCCACGAUGUCGUCGCGUGCAACCCGCACGUCGUGUUGGACCUGCUCGAGAUUCUCGUUGGGUGUCUCGACAUGCAGGGAGCCUCCUCAUCGUCUAUGUCUUCGAUGCUUUCGUCACCGGACUCGUCACUUCCCGCAUCCUCCUCGGAACGGGGUGUACGCCGUAAAGCUUGCCACCAUUGCGGUGCCAACGGCACCGUGACGAGCCACUCGACACCUCGAGAGUCAUACUCGGAGGAUUCAGAGUCCCUGUACAGUGAGGCCUCCUGCUUCCUCUGCGACUACGUCGCUGCCAAAGCAUGCAGUGCGGCUGCUCGUUCCACGUCACGUGCCUUUCCCGAGUGCCCGCCGCGAAACCUGCCCAGCUCAGAUACGCCAUCUCCCCUAUUGAGCUAUGUGACGACGGAAUCCAGUCUAGAUGACGUCGACGCGAAGAGGUUUGCAGACGGUGCCUCGGGUUACGUUAGGUCGAAGACCGCGUUGGAGGGUAGGAGGCAGGGAAGUCCGUACUGGCUUCGUGGCACGCCAAAGCUGGAAAACUCGGAGUCGACCGAAUCCGACACCAGCGUGGAGGAGAGGCUGAAGGCUACUCUGGCAGAGCUGAGGCGGCGGUUGGCGGAAGUCGACAAGCGUGCUGACGACGACAGGCCACUACGCAAGCGAUCACGUCCGGUAAAGAAGUCAGUGCUCCUGUCGCCUGGUGUUCGUGGCCUCAAGCGUGCUGGCAGCAGUGGUACCUCCAGAAAGCGGCUUCGAUCCGAAACUGAAGUAGUCCCAGAAGAUGAGUCUUCACCCGAUGUCAACAUGUCACCGCAUGCUGAACGCGUGCUUCGGCGCUUGCACGAGCAGCAUGUGCGAUUCGCCGUGCAGUCUAGCUCGUCGGCUUCAGAUGUGGCUGUGGAUGCAGAGCGGCUGCAGCGGAAGUAUGAGGAGCUUCAAGAGAGGCAUGCCCGCAUGAUGGAUGCACUACAGAAGGACCUGGCUCGCUCCCGCCGCCUGAAUGAGCUAGACGCACAGAGACAACUGCACCAGGCCAUCGAUGCCCUGGAGAACGACCGGCGGCAGCAGGCGGCACGGCUCAAGCGGCACCACGAUGAGCGCAACCGGAUCAUGCGCUCGCGGCGGCUCUCCUACAAGCACCGGCAGCAGCAGAUGCUGCAAGAAACGUUCAAGGAGAGCAUCCGUGCACGGAAACAGGACCUUGUUGACAUCCAAGCCACCGUGCGUGAGCGACAGGUCCGGGAGCAGGACAGGCACCAAGUCUACCUGGCUUCACUCGAAAACUUCUACCAGACGCAGCUCUCUCUGCUCACGGAGUCGCUGGCCAAGGAGAAGGUGGAGAUGAAGCAGCGAGCCGCAGCUCAGAGCAGGGUACUCGAGAGAAUGCGGCGCGACUUCAAAGAACAGUUGGAAGCCGAGACACAAAACCUGUACCGUCUUGUGGCCCAGCCACAGGAGGGCUGGGUGUCCACGAACCAAGCCGUGCCAAGCCAGAAGCGAAGCAGACGUGUCUGAAGCUUACAGCACCAGACUACAUGACCCUUCUUUCCAUUCCGAGUCAUCUUUUGCUGCCAUCAUCACUGCCAUCAUCACUGCCAUCAUUACACAAUUCUUGGCCUUGAACAGGCCCUGUUGACGUCAGUCAGAAAAUUUUUUCAACUUGAGUUCCGCGGCUUUUAUCACUCGACCAAACUUAGGAAAAUAAAGGUAUUUAAUUUCUG